AGGGUACCUGUGCAAACAAUAAUUCUACCUAAAUUCCACCUAUUAUGCAGAAAAUAGCUCUGCCUAAAUUCUAAGUUAUUCUAAAUAACUACAUGUCUUGAAUUCAGACUAGCUAAUCGUGGGGUGUGUGUAUUUUUUAACCCUUUAGCCCUUUACAAAGAGGGUCUUGGACCCGUUGUUGGUAAGGCUGAGGUUUGGUAUCCAGUAUGUAUUUGUUUCAUAUGUAAUGUUUUUUAUGUCUUUUUUUAAUAUUAUGGUGAGAGACAGGAAGCCUGGGAAACAGGACCAAUGUGCUCCCAACAUCACCUACCCAAAUAACUUUUAAACCCAUCUGUAAAUUUCAGCCAGGCUCCACAGCAGGGUGGAGAAUUAAGGGUCACAGAAUUAAACUUUUUAUAAUCAACAAUUAAUAAAAAAUUAAAUUGGUAAGGGAGUCCAAGUUAUUCCCUUUUGGGAAGGAGGCUUAAGUAUGAGUACAGUGGCUGUAGUUUGGUUCUAGCCUGCUGUUGAAUCGUUGGAAUGUUUGGAGCAGGGCAGCAAACCUUUGUGGACCUUAGUGAGUAGCUGUGUCAGUAAAAGGAAGCAUUUCCAGAAGUUCCCAGUAUCCAGUGUGCAUGUUAUUUAUGCUUUAGGGGGAAUAACUGCCUGUGGUCUGGUUUUAUGGACUGAAUUCUUGUUAGGUUCAAAUAUUUGAAUUUGGUGUGAUCCAAAUCAGUUCCAGUUUUCAUUGCUCUCCAAAGCACAGUAGGUAAGUAGAAGGAUCACUUCAAAACAUGCUCCUGAUCUCAGCUGAAUUUGCAGAUGUGGGAAUACGAUCCUCUUGCAUCUCUUGAGGAAAGCGGGAAGGGGAGGUGAUUUGGGGAACCUGGCAGCCAAGUCUGGUGUUGACUAAUAACUUACUCAAAGCUAGAAAAGAAGCAAGCUGGGUGUAGAAAACUUGGUCUAUUGUGGUCAUGUGUGAAACUAGGCAUCCUGAAUUUAUUUUAGAUUGGUUGCUCAUUGACAAAACAGGAUAAAGGAACUGCUCCAUAGCCUGUACUUACCUGUAAUGCUGUAAGAGCUCCAGAAGCUCACCAUACGUACCAUUUGUCCCCUUUUUAAACAGGCACUACUUUGCGCUGCCCACCAAUCCCGGUGAGCAGUUCUUCAUGUUCUGCACGCUCGCCGCUUGGCUGAUCAGCAAAGCGGGACAUCCCUUCGAGCAGCCGCAGGAGUGCGAUGACCCCAAUGCAGUGAUUUCAAAUGUGCUCUCAGAACUGCGGUCCUUUGGAAGGUCUGUGGAUUUUCCUCCCUCAAAAUUAAAGACUGGCUGUGGAGAGCAAGUGUGCUAUGUUCUUGAUUGUUUAGCUGAAGAAGCCUUGAAACACACUGGGUUUACCUGGAAAAGGCCAGCAUACCCAACAGAAGAGCCAGAAGAAGAAGAAAUAACAGAAGAUGAUGCAGAAUUAACACUUAGUAAAUUGGAAGAGGAUGUUGCAGAAGAAGAAUCAGACAAUGAAGAAGAUUAUAUUGACCUGAAUGUUUUAAAGGCACAAACAUACAGAUCAAAUAUGAAUGACACUACAAAGCAAGAAGAGAUUUUACAGUCCACAACAGAUGCAGCAGAGUGGAAUCUGGAAGUGGAGCGUGUGCUUCCACAGCUGAAAGUCAUAGUCAGGACUGACAAUAAGGAUUGGAGGAUUCACGUAGAUCAAAUGCAUCAGCAUAAGGAUGGAAUUGAUUCUUCUUUGAAAGAAACUAGGGGUUACCUUGACAAACUCCAUAAUGAAAUCAGCAGAACACUGGAAAAGAUCAAUAGCAGGGAAAAGUACAUCAACAAUCAGUUGGAGCACUUGGUUCAAGAAUACCGUUCAGCACAAGCCUUGCUGAGUGAGGCUAAAGAGAAGUACCAGGAGGGAAGUGGAGGAGUAACUGAAAGGAUUAGAGUGCUUUCUGAGAUUACAGAAGCAUUAGAGAAAGUAAAGCAGGAAACAGAAGAGAAAGGAAGCAGUAUGACUGAUGGUGCUCCUCUAGUGAAGAUUAAACAGGCCUUAACAAAAUUGAGGCAAGAAACCAUUCAGAUGGACAUACAGAUUGGUGUGAUGGAACACACAUUGCUCCAGUCAAAGCUGAAAGAGAAAUCCAAUAUGGCUAGAGAUAUGCAUGCAACAGUGAUUCCAGAAGCUGCAGUAGGUGCUUAUUAAAAUUGGUUGGACCUGACUUGGUUUGCCCAAAAUGCAGUUUUCUAUAAUUUGCCUUUUUGUGAUUUCAGAGAUUUUGUUUUUGUUGGGGUAAGAUGAUGUUCUUUUUUCCUGUUCCUUUUGAACUAGAUGCUUGUUAAAAAACGCACUUUUAAAAGAAGUAACGUGCACACUUUGGACUCAAGAGGGAGCCAUGUUUAGUUUUGUGCUGUAAAGAUUUACUGUCUAUCUCUUCCAAAUAUACUAAUAAAUUCUUGUUAGUGAA